AUGGCUACGCGCUUACCUUCAGCAGGAGUUGACAAAUCCGCAGCAAAAAUCCAAGCUGCAUUCCGUUCACAUCAAGCGCGGCUUAGAUUAAAGAAGCAAGCAGCAUGGAAAAUGCACGAGAAACUUGAAUAUGCCAGCGAACAAACGGAAUCGAAACUCAAAGAUAUGUUUGACAGAUUACUUAAAGCUUCCGAGACAUUGUCACCAUCGGUUGCGAAAUUACUUCAGAAAGCGGGAUUACCUGUAGAAGAAAAAGAGCUGCUAAAAUCAACAAAUCCUGAUAGUAUUCCAGUUGAGUCAAGUUAUCGAGGACCACGUAUUGAUGGUCCAAUUACGAGAAAGACAUUGGUAGAUUUAAUUGAAGCUUUUCAACAAGGACAAGUUUUACAUGAAAAAUAUGUAUGUGUAAUUCUUCAUCAAGCACGCGCUAUACUUAAAGCCUUGCCAAAUUUCAAUCAUAUCGAUUUAUCUGUCUUACGUCAUAUACACAUUAUUGGCGAUCUGCAUGGACAAUUAGCUGAUUUAUUACAUAUAUUUAAUGCAAAUGGAUUGCCUUCGACUGACAAUCCGUAUAUAUUCAAUGGGGACUUUGUGGAUCGAGGUCAUAAUUCAGUUGAAGUUAUUCUAUUGCUCAUGACUUCGUUGGUUCUUUAUCCAAGCUCUGUAUUUCUUAAUCGAGGCAAUCACGAAGAUAUUAUGGUUACCGUUCGAUAUGGUUUUCAAAAUGAAGUUAUCCAAAAAUAUAGCGCGCGCAAAGGACCAAUAAUUGAUCUAUUUAAAGAUAUAUUUAGUUGGCUACCAAUUUAUUCAUACGUUGAAACCGGAGCAGCGAAAAUUAUUAUAAUACAUGGAGGAAUAUCGGAUAAAAUUAAUUUAAAACAAAUUAAUGCUCUUACGAGAAACAGAUAUGUUUCAAUUGAAGUACCGCCCGAAUCAAGAGGUGGCGGUAAACGAUUGACUCCUGAGGAAGAUAAUGAAUAUCGUCAAAUACAAGAUUUAUAUUGGAGCGAUCCAGAUCCUCAAGGUCGUAAAGGAUGUCGAAAAAACGACGAUAGAAACAUUGCUACUUUUUUUGGUGCCGAUACAACACGAGAUUUUCUUGCUAAAUAUAAUCUUUCAAUGAUCAUACGUUCACAUCAAGUCAAACCAGAAGGCUAUGAAUAUACACAUGAUCGUAAAGUUCUGACGGUAUUUAGUGCAUCGAAUUAUUCUAAAGGAUCCAAUUGGGGUGCGAUUGUACGAUGGGAUUACAAUGAGCCAGAGCCAUGGAUAAUUUCAUAUAAAACUGAACCUGUUGAAAUGGGAAAACUAAGCUUUAAUAAACAAGUAACAUUAUUCGAAGAUCCAGCAUACCAUUCAUUGGCAGAAAAACUUAUGACAAAUAAAAAUUUACUUCUAAAAGAAUUUCAAAAUGCAGAUACCAAUCAGACAAAUCAUUUAUCUUUGACUGCUUGGUCGCAAAUUAUGUCAAGUGUACUUCAAGUCGAUUUACCAUGGCUUGUAUUACGCAAAAAGCUUGUAGAAGAAGAUGAACAAGGAAUUCUUUAUGAUACUCUGUUUGAUGGAUACCAGCUAGAUAACACGAAAUUUCAAAUGUCUAACACAGGUAUUAUGGAAGAUUUAUAUAUGUGGAAAGAUAUGCUGAUGAUAUUAUUUAAUUUAAUUGAUUACAAUCAUUCUGGUUUUAUUAGUCGUAAUGAAUUUUCUGACAUUAUUAAACUUUUAAUUAUUGGUGAAAAUGGUACCGGUGAAGUCAAUGAAGCAUACAUUGAAGAACUUACAUUGGCUAUGGAUUUUGAUAAGAAUGGAAAAAUUGAUAUUAACGAGUUUCUCGAGAGUUUUCGUAUUGUUUACGUGAAGGAUUCGAAUGGUCCGAAUACGAAUGCAAACAAACCCAAAGCAACAAAUAAACAUAUUAAAAAAACUGUCUUCUAA